UAAAGCUCCAUUUCGCACCGACGAUCCAUCUCACGACACCACCGCAAUGGCCAACACCAAGGGCACGGUCCUCAUCACGGGCGCCAAUGGCGGCCUCGGAUCCGCAUUUGCAUCCCAAUUCCUCGCGUCCCCAGAAGCAUCGCUCUACACCGGCCUCUUCGGCGUCCGCAACCCGGCAACAGCCACUACUCUCCAGAGCAUUCUUUCCAAAUCACCAAAUGGCAAACAGCACGAAGCCGUGGCUCUCGACAUCAGCACCCUCGCCUCCGUGCGAGCUGGCGCCAAAGCCAUCAACGACCGCGUGUCCGCGGGCGCUCUCCCUCCCAUCCGCGCGCUGAUCCUCAACGCCGCUAUCCAGCACACCGGAGGCCAAACUUUCACGAGCGAAGGUCUGGAAGAGACUUUUGCCGUAAACUACCUGUCCAACUUCCUGCUCAUCCUGCUCCUCCUACAGAGCAUGGACAAAGAAAGCGGCCGCAUCGUCAUCAUCUCGAGCUGGACGCACGAUCCCUUGGACCCCCGGAACAACCACGUCACAGAUGAAAGCCACAAGACUAUCUUCUCCAGCAUCGACGCUCUCGCCAAGCCACCCAUUGAAGACCGAGAAGGCGCCGGAACCUGGGCGCUGUGGGGUGCAGGUAUGCGACGCUAUGGCAUGAGCAAAACCCUCAUGGCGAUGCUGAUGCCCGAGCUUCAACGACGAAUUGAUGCCGACCCGGCGCUCUCGAACAUCUCGGUCCUCUCAGUCGAUCCGGGUGGUAUGCCAACAGGGAUUGUACGGCACUCACCGCUGCUAAUACGCAUCAUGCUGAUUUAUGUCUUGCCGCUCUUUACCCCGCUUAUGGGUUUGUACGAGUAUUUCGUGCCAAAUGGCACGCUACGGAGGACUGGCACUUCUGCAAAGGACGUGAGAAGGGCGGCUUUCGAUGUGAAGGAGCCGUUGGGGAGGUUUCCGAAGGCUGUGGCGUUGGAUGGGUCUGCGGUGGGCGCUCAUCAAACGGCGGAGGCAUUGGAUGAAAAGAAGCAGAAAGAGCUGUGGGCGGGCAGCCUGAAGUAUUCGGGACUGAAGGGAGGAGAGACGGUGUUGAAGAACUGGGAGUAGAGAGGUAAUGGCGUUGGAACAGCAGGAACGAAGAGCGACGCGGAACCCGAGGGAAGAUUUCCUUGCUAUAGGUGCUAUAGUGGCUUCCUUUUCAUUGUCAUGUUUAGUUUUCCUACGACUCAUCAAGGAAAAUCAAUUCGAUUAUCUCACACCUC